GACCUGUCACAUACAGGAACGGUCUGCUGGAAAACACGUGUAGGAAGACGAAAUAUGGACAGUGUGAAUCACUGUACGCUUCCUUCAAACCGUGUGCAAGGGGGAAUAACAAGCAACGUUCCCUACUAAUUAUAUAUUCCUGGACUUUCCACACUUCUAAAAGAGAUUCAGAAGAUUGAAUGGAUAUGACACUUUGGGAAAAAUCACUAAGUCGUCUAAUUUGUUCAUUUUGAAAAAAGAAAAGCCAUCGGCAGAGGGACAACCAAACAGAAGAGAAACAGAGAUUUAAAGCAGUUGCGAAGAUGCAGGAAGACCCAGUGUACGACUAUCCUGAAGCUCGGCCUCUAGGGGACAGACGUGCAUGUCCACAGAGAUCCCUGAGGAGCAUCAGUGUACUGGACCGGCUCUUACUGACGCACCCUGUGUGGCUGCAGCUCUCCAUUAACUCGGCUACAGCUUUACACAUUCUGCGGCGAGAGCCUCCUGGGACGUUUUUAGUGCGCAGGUCCAGUACAUCACAGAAAAAGAUGCUCUGCGUCCGGCUGGCAGACGACAGCAUGCCUUCCUUUCUCAAACAGGUCUUCAUCCGAGAAGAGGACUCAGCCUUCUCUUUGGAAAGUUCAGCUAUCAGUUUCCCAGACUUGUGCAGACUCAUUGCCUUCUACUGUGUCAGUCGGGAUGUCCUUCCUUUCACUCUGGAGCUGCCUGAAGCAAUAGCCAAAGCUUCCUCACACAAACAGCUGGAGUCAAUCUCUCAUAUGGGUGUGGAGUUCUGGAGUUCCCAAUUAAAUGUACGAGGUCCUCGUAAUGAAGCUCCUGCUGCUGAAAAACUCUUGCUGCCAACUGAAACCCUACAAGACUGCGUAACGCCCGUCAACCCAAACCCCACCCCGUUCCAGGAGCUCUGUCCAAUUCAAACACGGAGCCCCUGUGAGCUGAAUUAUGGGGGAGGCAAAGGUUUAUGUUUCAUCAACCCCCUCUUCUUACAAGACUACCCAGGUCGCAAUGCUAUGCGCAGGCGUCAUCAUUUUAAAACCAGCAUAAAGGUUCGGGUCUCCACUGAACACUCCAGCCCUCUGUCACCACCUGUCGUCCCACCACCUCCACCGCCGUUACUGGCUAAAGCCAAAUGCAAAGCAAGAUUGAAGAUGACCCCACCUGUUGGUGUUCAGGCUGGUCAGGAAGCUAACAAGAACACUGAACAGGAAGCCACGGAUUAUUUGCAACCAAGUGUAGUGUUACAGAAGAAGACAAUGGUCUCACCUACUCUUUCUCCUACUGCUGAAGAUGACUAUCAGAUGCCCAGCUCUCUUCUGAAGGCACCGCCAAAAGUCAUGGAGCAGAAAGAACAAGUCUGUGAAGAUGAGGAAGAAGGGCUGGUGCUGGAACAGCAACACGCUCCGUCUCUCAGUGAACUGGACAGCAGCACUUCACUCAGCAGCCUGGAUGAGAUGGAGGAGAGUCCAGAGCGUCCUCCGCUUGUUCGAGGCACUAGUAACCCCGUCAUGCCUCCUCCAAAGAAGGCUAUGUCCGCCCUACGCAAGAUGAGCGCUGCUUUCAUAUCCUUUUUUGCCCCAGAGAAACGAGUGGCACGGAUGGUGGAGGACCUGUCCCGUGAUCGCCGCAUGGCUUUUGGCGCUCUGGUUCAGGACUUCCUAAGGCAGCAGAGAGAGGCUCUGAAGCCCCAUUGCUUGACCUCUGCUGUUCAGCUGCUGCAGGAUUUGCGUCUUUUCAUCAAUCAGGCCAAAGCCUUCCUUCUGGAGUGUGGAGAGCUUGAACCUCCCAUUGAGACUCUUCUGACUGAGAAUGAGAAAGACCAAGCUCUGGAGAAGGCCAUGUUUCGCUGUAUUCUAAAGCCUCUCAAGCCUCAGAUUGAUGCAGCUCUUCUGACUCUGCACAAACAAGAUGGUUCCUUCCAGAGAAUGAUGGACAGCUUGCAAAGAGCCAAAGCCGCCUCACCCCAAAAUCUCUUUGGGGUUCAAGCAGGUGUUCCUGAUGCCCAAGGCAUUGAGAAAAUUAAACACAAACUGACUCUAAUGCAACGGGCUUACUCACCCAUUGACAAAGUGCUGCUGCUUUUGCAGACCUGCAAACUCAUUUACAAAGCCAUGAAAAAUAAAUCAGGUCAGGAAUUUGGAGCAGAUGACUUCCUGCCUGCUCUCUCCUACGCGAUGGUGCUGUGCAAUAUGCCAGAGAUCUUGCUGGAAGUGGAGUAUAUGAUGGAGCUGUUGGAAAGCUCUUGGCUUACAGGAGAAGGGGGUUACUAUCUGACAAGUGUUUAUGCCAGUCUGAGUCUGAUUCAGAGUCAGCCAGAAGAUCUGCCACCCAACGGCCUAACAAACCAGGCCAGAGAGUCUUUGAAAGAAUGGAGCCGACGUCGAAGCAACGAAACCACAAAUCAGAAAGACAACAGAUUGCACCAGAAGUUCGUAAAGGUGCUGUUUCAAGAUGGCGACAACAGCGUGGUGAAAACCCUAAUGUGGAAGACCGCAUUCAAUGGUGAGGCUAUGGCCCAGCUCUGUGCCGUGAAGUUUGGAGUGGACAAAGCGGAGGAAUACAGCCUAUACUGCAGGAGAGAUGGAGUUUUAACACCUCUUUCGCCUGACAUACACAUUCAAGACCUGCAGAGCAUGGGUGUGAGUGGCGUUCCCCUAAUUUACCAGGCGUCCCAUCAGGAUGAAAGAUCCCAGAAGCUGAACAGAAGGGGCGCGGUGGAUCUCACAGAGGAGGCUUCAUAAUGUGGGACUUUCUUUCAGACACCACAUGUAGGUCUAAGAAAUCCUUUCAUACAGCACACAGUUUCCUACUGAACGGCUGAUGAAAUCAUCAUAAUAAGCUCAUAACAGAGCUCAAAAACAAUUGAGCUUUUUUCUUCACUUAAUUUAUUUCAUGUUGAUUGCCCCUAUUUAAACCUAAUAUUAAGAUGCAGUUUUGUUGAUCCCAAGAGUUAAUAGAGUCUGAAACAUUUUUAGUGCAUUAAUGUGUUUAAAGAGACACCAAUCGAUGUUAGGGUUAUGGUUAGUGUUAUAGCCUAGUCAGUGGUCAGUGUGCCAACAUGUAGCGGAACUGCGUCCAGAGUUGGAAUCCUAACUUGUGGACCUUUCCCAAUCAAUAUACUGUCCUUAUCAUAAUAGAAAAAGAAAAGAGACCAUACAAAAAAGGCUGCUACUCCAUAUACUGACCUAAAUUUGCACAUUACUCAACAUUUUGUAGAAACAUUUCAAUUUAAACGGUCAUCUGAAAUCAUACAUUCAGUUUUGGGCUAAGGCCCAAUCCCAAUUCUAUUUUUGUACCCCCACCCCUUUAAAAUUUACCCUUAAGAAAUGGGACAGCAAGAGUUAUUAAUAUGGAUUAUAGAUGGAAAAAUUUAGCAGUGUUUUUUUAAGCAUGACAGUAAAACAUGAAUGCGGUUAUAAUUGUAAUAAAACGUGUUUGUUUGUUGUAAAAAAUCAUAAUAAUGACAAAAAAAAAUACUAAUUUGUGGAUAUCAUACUUCCGGGUGCAGCUAUGCUGCCGUUGUGGCUGGUGUAUUCUGGGAAACUUUCUACCCCUUGGUUUUGAGUGUGGUCCUGAAACAUUUCCAUUCGAAGGGGUAUCUGCCCCUUCCCCCUAGCCCUAUGCCUUCAAGCUAAAGAAAAUUGAGACGAGAAUAAGGGGGAAGGGCUAAGGGGUAGAAUUGGGAUUGGACCUAAAUGUCCCAUAAAGUGUUUUGAAUUGUGUAUUUUCAAUCAAUGUUUAACGUAAUCUCAACUGAAAAAAAAAAACA